UGUGUCCUCACACUGUCUCUGUCCUUGUCGCCCGCAGGUCUGCGGCGGGGGUGGUGGCUGUCCUCGCCUGCCCCAGCUCCUCGGAUCUGCGUGGUGGGCAGUGGCCCCGCUGGCUUCUACACGGCUCAGCACAUCCUCAAGCACCAUGGUGGGGCCCAGGUGGACAUCUAUGAGAAGUUACCUGUACCCUUUGGGCUCGUCCGUUUUGGGGUGGCCCCAGACCACCCCGAGGUGAAGAACGUAAUCAACACCUUCACGCAGACUGCGCGCUCGGAGCGCUGUGCCUACUACGGGAACGUCACUGUGGGGAGGGACAUCACUGUGGCUGAGCUGCAGCAGGCAUACCAUGCCGUGGUGCUGAGUUAUGGUGCUGAAGACAAUCGUGUCCUGGGGAUUCCAGGGGAGAACCUCUCUGGUGUUUACUCGGCCCGAGCAUUCGUGGGCUGGUACAAUGGGAUGCCUGAGAACCGGGCUCUGAAGCCUGACCUGAGCUGUGAGACAGCACUGAUUCUGGGUCAUGGCAAUGUGGCACUGGAUAUUGCUCGGAUCCUGCUGUCCCCACUGCAACUCCUCAGGAAGACAGAUAUCACUGACAGCUCCCUGGCAGCUCUCGCCUGCAGCAAGGUGAAGCGUGUCUGGCUGGUUGGGAGGAGGGGACCUCUCCAAGUCGCUUUCACUAUCAAGGAGCUGCGGGAGAUGAUAAACCUGCCUGGUGCCAGAGCUGUUCUGGACCCUGCUGACUUCACUGGCCUCGAAAAUGCUGUUAAAGACGCUCCCAGGCCUAGGAAGCGACUGACUGAGCUGAUGAUGAAAACAGCCCUGGAGAAGCCUGGGGAGAAGGCAGUGGAGGGGCAGGCAGCAGCCCCCCGGGAGUGGGGGCUGAAGUUCCAGCGCAGCCCUCAGGAGGUGCUGCCCACCAGUGAUGGGAAGGGUGUGAGAGGCGUCCGCAUGGCCCUGACCCGCCUGGAGGGCUCAGGUGACUCUGCCAAAGCCAUCCCCACUGGAGAUGUGGAGGAGCUGGAGUGUGCUGGGGCCCGGAGCCUGCCGCUGGACCCGGCAGUGCCCUUCGACACCCAGCACGGCAUCAUCCCCAACAGCUCGGGCAGAGUGGAGGGUGUCCCAGGUCUGUACUGCAGUGGGUGGGUGAAGAGAGGACCCACAGGCGUGAUCAUCACCACCAUGAAUGACAGCUUUGACACUGCCCAGUCUGUGCUGGAGGAUCUCCAGGGGAAUGUGCUGGACCUGUCCCCCUCCAGAGAGGGCUUUGGGGCCGUGGAGAGCAUCCUGCGCAGCCGAGGGGUCCGUCCUGUUUCCUUCUCGGACUGGGAGAAGAUAGAUGCUGCUGAAGUGGCAAGAGGCAAAGCUGCUGGCAAACCCCGGGAGAAGAUUGUGGAUCCUGCCGAGAUGCUGCGGCUGAUCGGUCACUAA